UGUUCUUUCAGAUAUCGUUAAUUUCAUCAUCCCCAGUCCUAUCCCAUGUCUAUUUACUUCUGCGUUCUGCCGGAGAGGGGAAAAAACAAACCCGAGUGCACACAAACUUCCAUUCAUGUCCAGUUUUCAAAGUAAUCAAAACUUUUGCCUUCUUCACAAAAAAUUAUUAUUUCUGAUUUUUCCUUCUCAACAUGAAGAAUUACCUAUGAUUUCAAAGUAGCAAACAUCGCAAUUGUGCUUCUUGCAAUGAUGCAAACAUCUCAGAUUUGAAGGAACUAAUUCAACAAGGAAGCUCCAAAAUGGAAAUUCAGAACAGCUAACGUCAAGAGUUCUACCACCAAUUUAUCUAGGAGGUAUUACAUAUGGGUGAUCGGGUUGGUAGUCCCGCGAAGAAGAUAUUCCUUGUCUUGAGCUGUAUUUCUGUAGUCAUUGGUGCCUGUGGCGGACCGUUGAUCACCCGUUUGUAUUUCCUCCACGGUGGCGGCAGAGUGUGGCUUAUAGGUUGGUUACACACCGGAGGAUGGCCGGUUAUUUUCAUCCCGCUUAUAGCCGCCUACUUCCACCGCCGGAGUACAACCCAGCCAGGAUCAGAUACCAAGCUAGUUCUCAUCAAACUUCCAACACUACUGGCAGCCAUGUGUGUUGGCGUCAUUAUUGGCGUAUCAAAUUACUUUUACUGUUUUGGCAUCGGCCACUUGCCAGUGUCCACGUCGAGUCUAAUCCUCGCAUCCCAACUCAUCUUUACUUCGUUUGCUGCUUUCAUCAUUGUCAAACAGAAGUUUGAUGUGUAUACAGUAAAUGCCGUUGUGUUGUUGAGCAUAGGAUCGGCGGUUUUGGCUAUGCAUGCGGGCGGCAAUGACAGACCCAAGGGAGAGAGUAAUAGGAUGUACAUCUUGGGUUUUAUUUUCACUUUUGUAUCUGCAGCUGUAUCAGGGGCAAUCUUCCCCUUGAUAGAGUUGACAUACAUGAAAGCAAAACAGGCAAUCACCUAUGCUUUGGUGAUGGAGAUUCAGAUAGCCUUCUGUAUAUCUGCAUCUCUUGUCAACAUCAUUGGAAUGAUAGUGAAUCACGACUUUCAGGCAAUUUCACAUGAAGCAAGAAAAUAUCAACUUGGGGAAACAAACUAUUACGUGGUGCUUGUCUGCAUUGCCAUUGUUUGGCAAUUUUUUACCUUGGGUAUCACCGGGAUCAUCUUUUGUUCUUCAUCUUUGGUAUCCGGCAUCAUCAUUACCUUCUUACUUCCGGUGACAGAAGUUUUAGCUGUCAUUUGCUACCACGAAAAGUUUCAAGCAGAAAAGGCCGUUGCCCUAGUUCUAUCUCUUUGGGGAUUUGCUUCUCACAUCUACGGUGAGUUCAAGCGCAACAAGAAGAAAAAGAAACAAAUGGACGACACAGAUAUAUCCGCAGAUGCUCUUCCAUGAUUUUCUCUUGUAAUAUGAGUGAAGCUGAUUAGACCUAAGUGGUAGGUGUGCAAAUGUUGAAACAUGUCAUUAAUGAAUUUUGUGUGCAAAGAGUAAAACAAAACACAGAAACACGUCUCAUUGGAUUUUCGCUACUACUUGUUUGGCAACCAUAUCUUGUAAGAAAGAACAGAGGAAUUGCAAAAUUUAUUUACUGUUUGAUAAAAUGAGAUGUUGCUUCAACAAUCUUACGCACUAUAUGAAUAUUUUCAUGCUAUUAAGUGACAAAGAAACGCGUGUGGUUCAUGACUCAAGCUUCACAUAAUUGACCUAUACAUGUAACUCAAAUUCGUUAGCAAUUGCCUAGCUGCUGAAGAUGCCGCCAAUUAGGAGGAAUAAAACUUCUGCAAGCUAGAGAUGUCCAAUAAAUACCCAUCCGUGAUGAAAGCAGCAGUCUUUUAUCAGCAAAAGAGUUUGAAUCAGCCACUAACCAGUUAGAUUGAUUCCCUUUGUGACUCCGAGUUUCAGCUAAUGAUGGCACCAAUCAAAGAAUCUUCAUUACGAACAGAAGGAUCAACAUCAAGAUAGAGAAUUCAAGCACAGAUCUGGUGCUGAGGAAUCGAUCAAAAAUGUGCUGCAACCUGUAAUUCAACCAGUAGACAGCUGCUGGUAAAGCCUGUUAAUCAUAUCAGCAUGUUCACCACAUUAAGAAUGGUGACCAAAGAGGCCAACAUAUUUAACCAAAUGAUGAUACAGAUUAUGCACAGUUCAUUCUUGCAAUCCAAGUAAUAAGGAAAUCAAUAUAAUAGUUAUGUCCCUUGGCCUGUAGGUCCUGAUACAGCAGACCCAAAUUGACACAAUGCUACAGAAUUCGCCAGGGGUAAUAAUUUCGUUAAACCUAUUCUAAAGGGCACGGCAAUUGUCCUGUUUCCAGCAUGAAUCCCGGCCCUACAUUUGUUCCUCUGCACAUUUUUUAUUACCGAACUCGGAACACAUGCUCUGUUAUUACUGCACAUUUCCCCAUUUAAUGUGGUAAUGCCAAAUGAGAGCGGGAAAAUUCCCUGUUUCUAUUUCACACCAGUGUGAUUUUACAGAUAAGCAGGUAACAUUGGAAGCUGAAUCCAAGUAAGCAACACCAUUCAAUUGGGCGAUGCCAGUUGAGACACCUCAAAUGUGGUUUGAUUUCAUAACUAAGCUAUACUCGGAUUUUUAAGUUCGACUAGGAUCUUAGGUAAAAGUUCAGGUAAGGUAUGCACCAAGGGCCAAGCAGAUACACAUAUCUUUAACUUUGUUAUUUCCUCUUUAGUUUUUGGAGACAAACUUCAACAAACUGUACAGGAAAGUAAAGGCAAAGCCAAAUCUUUGUGCAACUGAGAAAACGAAGAUAAGAGAUGUACAGAGUAAGUCAAAUCUUCUGGUCAUUUUCACAACACAUUCACUGAUCAAAACUCCAACAUAAUUCCAGAGCAUUAUAACAAUUCAAAAACAGCUUACCGGUUUUCUUCAUUGGAAACUUCUUCCUUGGCAAACUCAUCUAAUAUAGCACGCUGGCGCUCGUUUAAGACU